AUGUUUCCUUUUCCUCUAAAGCUCAUGUCCCAAGAUGAGCGCAUCGAUACUACUCAGCACAGCUUGGAGAACAGCAGCAUCCAAGAACUCCUCAACACUCACCUACCAGUUACCAUACUCCAUGACGCCCACCACUCACAGAUGUCCUUCGAUAAGGACGACUAUGUAUUCCUGAAGCUGGGCGAUGGCUACGAUAUCCCCGUCAAUGCACGCCCGAACGACAUGGCUCCGUACACCACAGAAAUCCAGGAAGUGGACUCCCUCCUACCACGCCCUCUCAUACUGGGAGAUGAAUUGCCCAUUCAUAUAAUGAUGGAGCGGGCUACCGGAAUAACUAAAGAUACCUUUGUGGAAUUCUCAGAUCUGCGUGGAGCCGAGAACGCAGUCCGUCUCAUGAACGAGCGCCCUCAUCAUCAAUACCUUGGCGGUAGCCUUGUGCAAGUGCACAACAGUAGCCCUGACUCAUGUCAAGCUCAGAAUAAACUUCUACUACCAGAUCUUUACCCCCUGCCACGGCAGGAAGAAAUUAUUCAGCUCGCUGCCGGCAAGCGUUACGUCUCUAUAGUUGACGCCGCGAAAUUCUUCUACCAUUGGAGAGUACAUUCAGACGACACCCAACUGCAGGCUGUGGUCUCUCACCGCGACCAGGAGUUAAUAAACGUCGCUAUUAUGGGGAGUGCGGGUUCUGUCGCUUAUGUUACCUACGUGCAGCGUCAAAUGGACAACCUACUGCUCGUUUUCCGAGAAUGGUGCCCCGCGUACUUCGAUGAUAUAAUCACAGUUGCCGACACCUUCGACGAGCAUACCGCGCGCUUGCACAAAAAUUUUGCUGCCUUCGAGAGCCGGAACAUCACGCUAAGCCCUGAGAAGUCGCGCCUUUGCUUCCCAUCCUUGGUCAAAAAAGCUUUUGAAAACAUGGAUAAUAGCCGGGCGCUGCCCGAAGAUCUUUAUGUGCAGACCGCGGGCAGGCUUCCCGAUGCAUCAAUUCACUUCCCAGACUUCAAUCCACGAAUGAAGAUGUGCCUCAUAAAGAUGAGCAAGGACUUUCCACUCCUUCGGCAUGUUCCAGAGGAAUUGCUAUCUUUUUCUCCUUCGAAACCCUAA